CGGGCAGAGCAGGCGGAAGGAGCCGGAGCUCGGCUGCCACCGUGUCCCAGCCGGAGCCGCCGCCGCCGCCGCCGCCGGAGCGUCGCGGGCCGGAGUCCGCGCGGAACGCCCUCCCCGCCGCCCGCCACGUCCCGGCGCCCGCCGGAGCCGCCGCGCCGCCCGCGCCCACUGCCCGAAGCGGCGGGCCCGGCCUGCCUCGGCCUUCCGCUCGCCCCCCGCGCCCCGCACCGGCCUUCACUCUGGAGCGGCCCCGGCAGCCGCAGCAGGGGCGGCGGCGACGGAUCGAGGAGCUCUCUAGGUCGUCCCGGGAGAGGCUGCUGCAGUCCCGGGACAGGAUGUUCUCCAAGUUCACCUCCAUCCUGCAGCACGCCGUGGAGGCGCUGGCGCCUUCUCUCCCCUUGCAAGAAGACUUCGUUUACCACUGGAAGGCGAUUACCCAUUACUACAUAGAGACUUCGGAUGACAAAGCCCCAGUGACAGACACGAAUAUUCCAUCUCAUCUGGAACAGAUGUUAGAUAUUUUGGUACAAGAAGAAAAAGAACGAGAGUUUGGGGAGACGGGGCCAUGCAUGGAAUACUUGCUUCAUCACAAGAUCUUGGAAACGUUAUAUACCUUAGGGAAAGCUGAUUGUCCCCCCGGAAUGAAACAGCAGGUGCUGGGCUUCUACACCAAACUCCUGGGCAGGGUCCGGCAGCCGCUGCUCCCGCACAUCAACGUGCACAGGCCCGUGCAGAAACUAAUCCGGCUGUGUGGGGAAGUCCUCGCCACGCCCACGGAGAAUGAAGAAAUCCAGUUCCUCUGCAUUGUGUGUGCGAGACUGAAGGAGGACCCCUAUUUGGUCAAUUUCUUUCUGGAGAAUAAGUUGAAGUCAUUGGCUUCCAAAGGAGCACCGAGUGUAAUUUCAGAAGACACACUAAAGGGUCAGGAUUCCUCGUCCGCAGAUGCAGGACAGCCCUGCGGGCCUGAGGAGCUGCCUGGCGCCACCGGGGCGGAGCCCACGGGGCUGGAGGAUGGGUCCGCUCCUCAGCCCGAUGACCUGUCCUCAAGUCUGGAGAGUCUCAGCAUCACUUCCCUGCCAGAGGCCUCGGUCGUCGGUCCAAACCAAGACUACAACUUAGUGAAUUCUUUGCUGAACCUCACGAGGAGUCCCGAUGGCCGGAUAGCCGUGAAGGCCUGCGAGGGCCUGAUGCUGUUAGUGAGCCUGCCGGAGCCCGCGGCAGCCAAGUGCCUCACGCAGAGCACCUGCCUGUGCGAACUACUGACCGACAGGCUUGCCUCCCUGUACAAGGCCCUACCUCAGUCGGUGGACCCCUUGGAUAUUGAAACGGUGGAAGCGAUUAACUGGGGUUUGGACUCAUAUAGUCAUAAAGAAGAUGCUUCGGCAUUUCCGGGAAAACGAGCCUUAAUUUCAUUUCUUUCCUGGUUUGAUUAUUGUGAUCAACUCAUAAAGGAAGCACAAAAGACUACUGCUGUUGCUCUUGCCAAAGCCGUUCAUGAAAGAUUUUUUAUUGGUGUAAUGGAACCUCAGUUAAUGCAAACCUCUGAGAUGGGCAUCCUGACGUCCACGGCAAUGCUACACCGCAUUGUUCGGCAAGUAACCUCGGACGUUUUGCUUCAAGAAAUGGUGUUUUUCAUCCUUGGAGAACAGAGGGAACCAGAAACCCUGGCAGAGAUUAACAGACAUCCUUUAAGACAUAGGUUAAUUGAACAUUGUGAUCACAUAUCUGAUGAGAUAAGCAUAAUGACACUAAGGAUGUUUGAACAUCUUUUACAAAAGCCCAAUGAGCACAUUCUUUACAACUUGGUCCUAAGAAAUCUGGAAGAAAGAAACUACACGGAGUACAAACCUGUGUGCCCGGAAGACAAAGACGUGGUAGAGAACGGACUGAUCGCAGGGGCCGUAGAUCUGGAAGAAGAUCCAUUAUUUACUGACAUUUCACCAGAUAACACUUUGUCAAACCAAGAGUGGCUGAGCUCUUCACCCCCUGCUACUCCAGACCACCCCAAAAAUGAUGGGAAAACGGAAGUCCACAAAAUUGUAAACAGUUUUCUCUGUCUGGUACCGGAUGAAGCAAAGUCUUCCUACCACGUCGAGGGCACUGGGUAUGAUACCUACCUCCGAGAUGCUCACAGGCAGUUCCGGGACUACUGUGCCAUCUGCUUAAGGUGGGAGUGGCCCGGCUCCCCGAAAGCGUUGGAAAAGUGCAACCUAGAAGCCGCUUUCUUUGAAGGUCAUUUUUUGAAAGUUUUAUUUGACAGAAUGGGAAGAAUUCUUGAUCAGCCGUACGACGUGAACUUGCAAGUGACGUCGGUGUUGUCUAGACUGUCCCUCUUCCCCCACCCGCACCUGCACGAGUACCUUCUGGACCCGUACGUGAACCUCGCUUCUGGCUGUAGAUCCCUCUUCUCUGUGAUCGUCAGGGUUGUCGGAGACCUUAUGGUCAGAAUCCAGCGCAUUCAAGACUUUACUCCCAAGCUUCUGUUAGUCAGAAAGCGAUUACUUGGUUUGGAGCCUGAGGGUCCCAUGAUCGACCACGUCACCUUGCUGGAGGGUGUGAUCGUGCUGGAGGAGUUCUGCAAGGAGCUGGCCGCCAUCGCGUUUGUGAAGUUCCACGCCUCCUCCACACCCUGAACAGCACCUCUCAGGUGACUGAGGGAGCAGAACUGUUUGCAUUUCCCAAAAAGACUCGGUUCCACCCACGGCAGAGAGGAUAAGAAGCCUUUUUAAAUGAAGUGUUGCUGUAAACUGGACAGAACCAUUACGAGCCCACUGAGUGGACAAUUUCAGUAAAGUGUGCUGUACAAUAUUGCUUUCUUUGGCUUUAUCAUAAAGGUUCUAUGUGUAAACUUGCACGUCCUUGAAUCCAGGACACAAUCAAAGGAACUUCAGGAAAUGAGCAUUUCCGAUGCCUGUGUGAAAAGCUGCAGAAUUUCUGAUGUCAUGACUUUGAUAUUUCUGUUAUUUUAAUAUCCUUUUAGGUAGCAAGGCAUUUUGAUGUUCUCUGGGACUCAGACACUUACAUUCUUUUGGAUUAAUAAGUAGCAAAAAGAACCCAAUUUUUAUAACUUUUUAAGAUCAGCAUUCUUACCAAACAAAAUAUGAAAAACUGUAAAUGAAAAAAUAUAUAUAAUUCAGGGACCAUCAAAUGAGUUAAUAGGGAGACGGAUGUGUAGAGAACCAUUGACUUCAACUUUUCUAAGAGUAACAAUUUAAUAUGAUGAUAAAAUUCUUAGUUAAUAUAUGUAUAUUUUUAAAGAAAUGUUCUUUUACUCUUGUGCACAUAGCCAUGGAGUGAUUAAUUUUUUUGUACAGGUCCCAGUUUAUUUAAACCAUGGCAUUUUUUGCAGUAACGUUGAAUCUGGGCUCACCAUUGGUAGUGCUUACUAAAAUAGUACCAUUUUAUGCUAAUUAACAUGUAUGGGUUGAGAACCUUUUUUUUCUUAUCCUCUUUGAAAGUCGUUUCAUAAACUUGCUCUACGAUUCGACUUUUCUCACCGAAUCAUGCGGUAGCGUCUGUGUGGGGACUGACUGAUGAUAACUCGUAGGCAGCAAUGGAAAUGCCAAUGGCCUCCCUAGUGUUUACAUUUUUGAAAAAAGUUUUGUUCGGUCUUUUGUUUUAAAUUAUUUUAAAGACAGGUUUAAAACAAGCAGACAAACCAGUGUGUCCUGUUUACGUGUGAGAGAAUUUGGGUGGAUGGGCAGUUCAGGGGCGCGUGCAGCGUGCUCGGACUGAUUUACAAACUGGUGUCCGCUAAUCCGCUCUCCGUUCCUCCUGCACGUGAUGCUUGCCACUCACAUAUAUUGUUUUCAAGCUUGUGUCUCCUUUUUGUAGUUGAAAUGCUAAGUAGCAGCACUUUUCCUCUUGUCUGUUUACCGCUAUGUGUGGGAGCAGGCCGUCAAACCUCCGGUUGCAGACCCUGCCGAGAGGCCAGCUGAUGCAGCGUUUCCGUGGCUGCAGUGUGCGAGCGUGUGCGCAGGCGCACGUUGUAUACCUCCUGCUCCUUGUGUCGGGUUCGUUUUUUCCGAUUUAUUUUAUAGUUAGUUUUUGCUAUUUAUUAAGAACAAAAUAUCGAACGAUUGUGAAUAUUCUUGGCUCUAGAACACUUACCAUUGUUAAUUAACAAUGAAAAGACUCCAUUUCUAAUUUAAUGCAAAUCUUUGUUAGCUCCUUCUAAGAAAUUCAUUAAGCAAAAAAGAUGGAAAAGCAAAAGUGGGAGGUAGUUACUUUGUGCAUGCUUUUCUUUAAAUGAUUUUUAGUGGAGGGAAAGCAUUAAGUUUGCUGUAUUUACUCACCAGCCCACGUAAGGAAUACCGCAACAGCUUCAGCCUGGGAUCUAGUUAUAGUCCACUGAUGUGGGCGUAUUUGAAAUACAGCAUUUAGAGAUAUUAGAUAUUUCUCAAUGUUUUCAUAGUGCUCAGUGGGUGUGACAGCGCUGAUGUGACCUCCCAAACCAAAUACUAUUUUAUCUUUGAUUUCGCAGAGGGACCCUGUAGCUAAUCUAUGAAACCAAGCUGAGAAAAGCUUUAACUCAUUUUUUUUGUAUGUGUGUAUGCUGCUUCUUAAAACAUAUUUUUCUAAGUUAUUGGAAUAACUUUGAUUUGUAAUCAACGAAAGCUUACGGUAUAGUUUGUCUCUCUUCUCAGUUUCCCUCUCUCUCUCUCUUCUCUCUUCCUUUUAUUCAUGGAUAAUUCAGACCUAGAGCCAGCACAAGUUCUCACAGUGAGUUGGGUUUGUUAGUGAAACAUUGUACUACAUUGUUAGUCUUUUUCUUGCUGUCUUUCAGAAGCUGAAUAUUUCUGAGGUUUAUUAUUUGCAAGACAGUGAGCAAAGAGCACUGUGUUGGGUAGAAAGCACCGUCUUGGCAACUGAUUGUCACAAGCAAAUUCCAAACUCAGUUGUAGCCUUGCUUCACAUUGGUAUAAAUAGUAUUCACAUUUUUUUUUCAUCUUUCUCUCUAACAGUGCAGUCUUUGGGGUUAUCUUUAGUAAUGAGCCACAUUCUUUACUUGAUAGAACUCGGUGUGUCCUCAGCCAGUUAUCAUUGUACUCACUUUAUAACUGUGGGAUGUUCUCGUGUCGGUGCAAUAUGGGAGCCACGAGGGGCUUCACAGCUUUUUGGUUUAAUUGUACAUCAUUGUGUGUGCACAUGUGUAUAUAUGUGUGUGUAUAUUAUAUAAAAGGACCAAAAUCCUUAGCUUGCUUACACUGUUGCUAGUGUAAAGAUUGUUACACUUAAUUUUACAGGGCACAAAUUAUGGAAUUACCUUCAUAAUCCAUGGUAACAUAUUUCCAUAAAUUAUUGCAUUAAUAUACAAUUACCACUUAAUUAUGAAGUUCUUAGGUAUUGACCGAAGUUACAGUGAAAUGCUAAAACCCCAAAAUACAUGGUCAUCCUACUUUGGGUUGCACAAUUAAUCAGAAUGCGCAUGUCACUGUGGCACUGGAUGUGCUCACAGAAGACAGAUAAUCAUGUUUCCGGGCCCUGUAAAAUAGUGUUACUGUAACACUCGCUCUGCCUAUGGCCUUGUUUACAUUAAACAAAUGACAUGGGGUAAAUUUUUCUAUUGAACAUCGCUUGGGUCGCUGACAGUGUUACCGAGGCCCGGGGUUCAAGGGCCGUCCGUGAGGAAACUACGGACAGCGACUCUGGACCUGCGGGCCCUUCAAAGGAAGUCGAGAUCAAGUCCAACUUCUUCUGCUAACAAUGCAUGCAGGACUUAAGAGGGAUAAUCCCAAAAUAAAUCAUGUGAUGUAAACAAAA